AAAAGGUUCUCCCAGCUGUACACUGCUCAGUCUACUGCCUACCGGUAGCAGGUGUCACCUUCCAGUUGGAGAACUGAGUGAGUCUUCCAGUGGAGCCAGCGUCUGGUUCGCAUUGAGGAGCCCAACCAUGUCUCAGCAGGGUGCGUCUUCCGCCAAAGGCUUUUCCAAGGGGUCUUCCCAGGGCCCCACUCCGUGCCCCGCCCCGGUGCCCACUCCUGCGCCCUCCCGCUCCUCUUCUUGCUGCGGAGGCUGCUGCGGUUCUGGCGUGGGUGACGGGGGCUGUUGUCGCGGCGGCUGCUGCGGAGACACCGGCUGCUGCGGCUCCAGCUCCACCGGCUGCUGCUGCUUCCCCAGGAGGCGCCGACGGCAGCGCGGGGGCGGCUGCUGCUGCAGGAGCAGCCAGAGAUCUCAGAGCUCCUGCAAUAACCAGAGCUCCGGCUGCUGCGGAGGCUGCUGAGUCUGCCCGAGGCCCACAGGAAGUAGGGAGCCCGCGCUGAGCCCAGAGAGACCCCACCUGCCCCCUCCCCCUCCCAAUGUGACAGCUUUGUGCGGGCCGGGCCUCGGACUCAGACCCCACAAAGCUAACUGCACUUUGAUGUUCAGGAGCCCAUUCUGUUCUCAGCCCCUCAAAACUCUGUGACCCUUCCAUGCGAUUUUUCCCUCUGAGGGUCUGAGAGCCGUGGGUGGAACGCUGGACUCUUAUGUGCAGAGGCUUGUGCACAGCAGGUGCUUAAUACAUGCCUACUGAGUUGUCCUUUGAAGAUAUCAUAAUAAAGCUUCUACCUCCUGAGA